AUGGAGCAGAAUCCAGCUAAAGACAUGGGAUCUAGUAAUUAUAAACGGGUUCAUGAGGAUCAUAAUCAUACACAUGAUCUUCAUCUUCAUCAUCAUGAUCAGAGAUUAAAAAGCACCAUAAUCAUCUCACACCCUUCAUCAAAGCAUCCCUUCCCUUUUGCACUAGACGAAUUAGAUUCACAGUUAAUAACUCCAAUAUUAUUCCCACCAAACUAUAAUCAUGAUCAUAUCCAUUUCCCUAUGAUCAAACGAUCUCGUCUCCCUAUUCUCUUGCCCAAGCCACCUUCAAGCAUGCUCUGUUUCAUGCCGCAAAUCAAAGACUCUGAUAGUUUUGGCCAAUCGCAGAGCCUAAAUUCAAGCACCAAGCUUUACAGGGGAGUGAGACAGCGGCACUGGGGCAAAUGGGUAGCUGAGAUUCGUCUUCCUAGGAACCGUAGUAGGCUCUGGUUGGGGACUUUCGACACCCCUGAGCAAGCCGCGAUGGCGUUCGAUCGUGAGGCUUAUAAGUUGAGAGGAGAGAAAGCCCACCUCAAUUUUCCCCACCUCUUUCUUGGCCGUGAUGAUCAAGAUCGUGUGUCUGAUGAAAUGAUUGAGGGAUCAAGUCAAAGAAAAGAUACUGAAAACCCAAGUCAGCUUGAUCAGGUUACAGAUGAUGAAGCAAAGGAGAGUUUGAUAGAAGAAGCUGAUAAAAGGAGAGAAAAUAAAGAGGAAUUUGCUUGGAUUGGUGAAACACAAGAUGAUCAUAAUCUAUUGUUGGAUCAAUAUUUGUGGGAUAUGGAAUGA